AUGCCUGAAAAAAUAUUAGGUGGAGACACCGAUCGACCUGAAAUUGUAACCAUACCAGUUACUCAAUAUGUCUGUUCAAUCUUACCUGUUGAACAAAUUGAAAAACUGAGUCUAUGUGUAGAUUAUCAAGAAGCACUCCGUAAAAAAAUUGAACAAGAGGAUAUUGCUAGUCAAUCUUCUAUUGGUGAUUUCUUAAAUUUUACUAAUAAUACGAAAUUUUCUGCAGAAACCGCACCUGUAAAAACUCACCAUAAUCAUCAUCGUAGUAAACGUUUUAUACAACUACUCAUCGGUAUUACUGUUGGUGUACUAAGUCUUCUUUUUACGGGAGGUGUAGCUGUCUAUAACUCAAUCAAAGGAGCACAACUGAGUAACCGAGUGUCAGAAAUCCAAGGAUCUGUUUCGGAUACGAACAAACAGUUACAUAGUUUAGAAGUUUCUGUAUUUACUAAUACAAAUAGUACAGUUCAGUUAGCACGCUCAUUUAGUAAAGCUCAAGAAAAUAUGGAUGUCAUGCGAACUAAUGCUGACACCAUAGCUAAUCAUGUUUCCCGGCUAGAUUCUUUUGCCGAGGCGCAGACGCGCUUUAAUUUAAAAACUCACGCAGAACAUGUUUACGAGAGAAUGAAGAGCUCCAUGCGACGGAUCGAGAGCAAUGAUCUUAAUUUAGAUUUUCUUGGAAUGACAGAACAAAAUGAAGUUAUAGAAAUUACCUAUGAGCAUCUUAAACACUCUAUGCCCACCACGAGAGAAUCGAAAGCCACAUUUAUAUCGCGCAUGCUAUUUGCGCAGACUGUACAUUUUUUGCCAUCAGAAAAUGAAUUACAUACUAACGAUACUACAGGAUAUUAUCCAGAGCAUUUAGGCAACAUCGUUGUAGUAUCUUAUUUUACAGUUCUAAAAAUUGACGCCAAUGAUAAGAUUCAGGUUUAUAAACUUACCGCCUUGCCAUUCUUUAUCGCUGGGGAAGAAAAGGGAAAAGAACUUUUUGGAUUACCAAAAGUCAUAGGCUUAUCCAAUAGUGGAUAUAUUGAAUGGCGAGAGAUAAUAGAAACAAAAGUAUGUGAUUUUGGGGAUUACACAGUUUGUCGAGAACCGCCACUUGUUCAAAAACGUAUAAAUAAUAUGUGCCUAGAACAAAUAAUUUCCACCGAACGUUCAUUUCAUUGUCAGGUUCAGAAUUCUGUUUAUAGUUCUCCACAUUUUGAAAAAAUAGGAUCCAAUGUAAUGGCAUUGUCUACACGGACACCUAUAAACUGCACUAAAAGCUGUAAUGAUACCUUUUAUUGUGAAGGCAAUAUAAAUUUUAUGGGAGAUAGGCGAUGUCAGACCUUACAGCCAUAUAUAAUAAAAACUAUUAAUGAGGAUAUUGUGCCAGUCAUCGAUUCGAUUCGUCCAUUAAAUAUAACUCUACCUAAAGUAUAUCCCUUUGCCACAGAUAAAAACCUCUUGCUUACUUUAGAAGAGCAAGUGAGAAUUCAGGAAAAAAAUAUGAAAGAAACAGAAAAUACUGGUAAUAACUUGUCUCGAUUAGGAAAUCAAAGUGCAACAAGACCUCUCGUUAUUAUCCUCACUGUUGCACUGAGUAUUCUCGCCAUAAUAGCUAUUCUAAUUGUGCUCUAUUUCAUCUAUAAAUGUCGUGCAAAAUUUCAUAACUCACCUACAUCAAUCAUUAACAUUAACAAUACAAAAGAUCAACCAAUCAAACCAACAACACCAUCAUCGCAAGAGAAUAUGGGUAGUCUCUAUGACUUAUUAAGAGCAUUUUCACAAAACAAACAAAAUAAAUCAUAA